AUGAGUGAUAGUUCCCAGCUUCGUGUACAAGAAAUUUUACAUCGUAAGGAUGAUAAAAUUACUUCAGUUGAAUAUGUCUAUGAUGAAUUUCUCCCCAAAAAUAAAACACGCCAACAUCGCGUUAUUAUCAAGAGAGAUGAAUUUGAACAUAUCGCCGCUGUUAAUAAAAAGCCAUGGUUUACUUUUGAAAAUUUUACAAAAAUAACACGUCCCUUACUAAUGGCAGAUGAUGCAGCAGAAGAUAUACCGGAAGCAUUUCAAUUACUUGAUCUCGACAAAUCAGAUAAAAUUGAUCUUAAUGAAUUAGCAGUGUUUAUGCCUGCCAUAGUGCCCAAUUCCAAUCCAUAUAUGAUGCUCCGUUAUUUUCAACCGGCUGAUACUAACAAUGACUAUGGUCUGAAUUUGGAUGAAUUUACAACUUUCAUAAAAAAAGGAGUUAUCCGAGAUCUUGCACUUGGACGCAGUUAA